AUGCAUGACACUGUAGAAAGUCGACACAUGCAUGACACUGUAGAAAGUCGACACAUGCAUGACACAGUAGAAAGUCGACACAUGCAUGACACAGUAGAAAGUCGACACAUGCAUGACACAAUAGAAAGUCGACACAUGCAUGACACAGUAGAAAGUCGACACAUGCCUCACACUGGAGAAAGUCGACACAUGCAUGACACAGUAGAAAGUCGACACAUGCAUGACACUGGAGAAAGUCGACACAUGCCUCACACUGGAGAAAGUCAACACAUGCAUGACACACUAGAAAGUCGACACAUGCAUGACACUGGAGAAAGUCGACACAUGCAUGACACAGUAGAAAGUCGACACAUGCCUCACACUGGAGAAAGACGACAAAUCGUCAUCAUCAUCAUCAUCAGCAGCAGCAGCAGCAGGAUCGUCGGCUUCGUCGCUAUCGUAGUCGUCAUUAUCAUCAUCAUCAUCGGCAGCAGCAGCAUCGUCGUCUUCGUCACCGUAAUCGUCGUCGUCAUAGCACCAUCAUCAUCAUCAUCAUCAUCGGCGUCAUCAUCGUCGGCGUAA